AUGCAUCUUUCAUCCUUCCUUUACUUCCUCGCCUGGAUUAGCACCUUCUUCGGUACGUGUAUAAGCGCACCCACGAAGAAUGUCCACCACCCUGCCAGGCCGGUCAGCGAAGCCUCCGUCGACAGACGCCAAUUACAAGUGCUUGUUGACGUGGCUGUGAUCAUUACCGCGGCUGAGACCGUGAUUGAAGGCAUCCAAGACCUGAUCGACCUCAUUGACGGUGACAUCGAAGAAGCCGAAGGACAAUUUACACGCGGCAUCGUGUCAAACCUUCGAGAUCAGUAUCCCACCAUGAACGUCCUGGUGUACCACAACCAAGACUGCGGCUACGAUCUCUACGAUGCCACCCAUGCACAUGUCGAGUUCGACAUCGCCCUGGGCUUCACAAAAGGGUAUGAGGUUUGGGUCUUCGAUCAUGGCACAUUCAACCUCGUGGGCGAUGGCGGCUAUCAGAAUUGGGCAAUCGGCGGGAGCUUCGAAGGGCCCAGCAGCGAAGUCACUUUCUAUAGCAUGAACGGGAACUAG